AUGGCGCACGACGGCAAGAACAACAUCUCGCAUGUCGAGACGCGAGAUGAAGAAGAUCAGAUUCAGAAGACGGAUCAGAAUGUCAAGCUCGACGCGUUUGGCGCUAGCGCAAAGACAGACCCCAAGGAGAUUGCCCUCGUCAAGAAACUGGACUGGUACAUGAUGCCCAUUCUCUGGCUCAUGUACUUUUUCAACUUCCUCGAUCGCAAUGCCAUGAUUAACGGACGAUUGAACGGCCUCGAAGACGACCUGGGCCUCAAGGGCACCCAAUACAACACCUGUGUCUCGAUCCUCUUCGUCGGCUACCUCUGCGGCCAGAUCCCCUCCAACAUGAUCCUCAACCGCGUGCGACCCUCGUGGUACAUGGCCGGCUUCUGCAUGGCUUGGUCUGUCCUGUCUCUCCUGACGUACAAGGCGAACAGCUACGAGAGCAUGCUGGUGUGUCGAUUUCUGCUCGGAAUCACUGAGGCGCCGUUUUAUCCUGGUGCUUUGUACAUGAUCUCUAUGUUCUACAACCGCAAGGAGAUUGCGACGCGCAUGUCCAUUUUCUACACUGGAAAUAUGAUGGCAAGCUCCUUUUCUGGUCUGAUUGCGGCUCCCAUCUUUGCGAAGCUUGAUAAGGUCCACGGUCUGGCUGGUUGGCAAUGGCUCUUCAUCAUCCAGGGUGCCAUUUCCAUCGGCGUCGCCAUACUCGGUUUCUUCACCCUUCCCGAUAGCCCCCUCAAGACGCGAUGGCUCACUCCCGAAGAACGCCAACUGGCUCAUGAGCGUAUCUGCCGCGAUACGACCGGCCGUCGCGAGGGUACCUCUGUUUGGACUGGUCUCCGCGAGGCUGCUUCUGACUGGCGCACUUGGGUCUUCUGCCUGAUGGACAACCUCCAUCUCUCUGCCAACGGAUUCAAGAACUUCCUUCCCACCGUCAUCGAGACUCUCGGCUACAACACCACUAUCACGCUGGUCCUCACCUGCCCUCCUUACCUCUUCUCUGGCUUUGUCUCCAUCGCCGUCUCAUGGUCAUCGGGCCGCUUCAAUGAGCGUACCUGGCACGUAACACUCAGCAAGGCUGUUGCUAUCGUUGGCUUCGCCAUGUGCUGCGCAACCCUCAACGUGCCAGUCCGCUUCGUCGGCAUCAUGCUCUUCGUCGGUGCCACAUACGGCGUUAACAACAUCAUUCUCGGCUGGACAGCCUCUGUCGUCGGCCAAACAGAUGAGAAGAAGGCUGUUGCGAUCGCCAUGUGCAACACGUUUGGCAACCUUGCCAGUGUUUACACUCCUUACCUGUGGCCCAAGUCUGCUGCUCCUCGCUACCUCCAACCCAUGGUGGCUUGCAUUGCUUUCUCGGCAGGCGUGUGCAUUUGCGCGUGGAUCUUGAGGAUUGCUCUGCAGCGACAGAACAAGAAGACCCGAGAACAGAAUCCUGAGGAGACCAACUUUUACGUCUACUAA